AUGUUUGGACUGAAGCUGAAGAAGAAGAAGAAUAAAGCAGAAAAGGGAUUAAUCCUAGCCAACAAAGUUGCCCAAGAUGGACAAAGUGAAGCAGAAGCACCUCAGGAGGGGCCUUUUCUCCAGGAAGGACCCAGUGGAGACCUGGUUUAUGAUGAGGCUGCCGUCAUACCUGUCCCCUCAGCUCCUCCAAAGAGAAGGUCAAAACUCUUGACUAAGAUUCAUGAUGGGGAUGUUAAAUCGCAAAAUUACCAAAUUGCCAUAACUAUCACUGAGGCACGCCAGCUAGUGGGAGAGAACAUUGACCCAGUUGUGAUCAUCGAGAUUGGGGAUGAGAAGAAGCAAAGCACAGUGAAGGAAGGAACCAACAGCCCAUUUUACAAUGAAUAUUUUGUCUUUGACUUCAUUGGGCCUCAAGUUCAUCUUUUUGACAAGAUUAUCAAAAUCUCAGUCUUUCACCACAAACUGAUAGGAAGCAUAUUGAUUGGCUCCUUCAAAGUAGAUUUGGGAACUGUGUACAACCAACCAGGUCACCAGUUCUGUGAUAAGUGGGCCCUGCUCACAGACCCUGGAGACAUCAGGACUGGCACCAAAGGGUACCUGAAGUGUGAUAUCAGUGUGAUUGGGAAAGGCGACAUCUUAAAGACCAACCUCAAAACCUCCGACGCAGAGGAACAAAUAGAAAAGAAUCUUUUGAUCCCUCAAGGCUUUCCAUCAGAGAGACCCUGGGCCAGAUUCUUUGUGAGACUCUACAAAGCAGAAGGCUUGCCCAAAAUGAACUCCAGCAUCAUGGCAAAUGUCACCAAAGCAUUCGUGGGUGAUAGUAAGGACCUCGUGGACCCCUUUGUGGAAGUCUCCUUUGCAGGACAGACGGGACGGACCACAGUGCAGAAGAACUGUGCAGAUCCUGUGUGGCAUGAACAGGUGGUCUUCAAGGAAAUGUUCCCUCCCUUGUGCCGGAGGGUGAAGAUCCAGGUGUGGGAUGAAGGCAGCAUGAACGAUGUAGCUUUGGCAACCCAUUUCAUUGAUUUGAAGAAAAUCUCCAAUGAAGAAGAUGGAGAUAAAGGCUUCCUACCUACCUUUGGACCUGCCUGGAUUAACUUGUAUGGCUCACCCAGGAACCACAGUCUCAUGGAUGACUACCAGGAACUGAAUGAAGGCUUUGGAGAAGGCGUGUCUUUUCGGGGCAGAAUAUUGGUAGAAAUUGCUGUGGAAAUUCUCUCUGGAGGGGCACAAGAAUCUAAAUUUUCCAAGGCACUCAAGGAUCUCAAACUAUCUUCCAAAUCUUCUAAAGGCUCCAGUAAGGACAAAACUGACAAAACUGAUGAUGGGAAACCCCAGCAGGCUUCAGAUAAAAACAACUCAACAGAAGUGGAGGUGGAACCUUUUGAUGUUCCACCAGAGAUUGUACCAGAAAAAUAUGAGGAGUUUUUACUCUUUGGAACAUUUUUUGAAGCUACCAUGAUUGAUCGGAAGAUUGGGGAUAGACCCAUUAGCUUUGAAGUUUCUGUUGGCAAUUUUGGGAACUUGAUUGACGGAGGGUCCUAUCAUGGGAGUAAGAAAAAGUCAGCAGAGUCAGUUGAAGAAGAGAGUCUUUCACUAUUGCAUGGUAAAGAAGGGGACUCAGAUCACAGUAUUGCCAUCCCUGUGUGCUCCACCACUCACCCAGAGAAGCCACUUGUGACAGAAGGAAACAGGAAUUACAACUAUUUGCCAUUUGAAGCCAAGAAACCAUGUGUCUACUUUAUCAGUUCUUGGGGAGACCAGAUAUUUAGGCUAUACUGGUCCAACAUGCUGGAGAAAAUGGCAGACCUCCUGGAAGAAAGUAUAGAAGAAGUGAAAGAAUUGAUCAAGAUUUCAGAGCAAGCACCAGAAGAGAAAAUGAAAACAGUCCUCAAUGACUUUAUCAAUCAAAGCAGUGCCUUUAUCUCUGAAGCAGAAAAAAAGCCUAAGAUGCUGAACCAAACCACUUUAGAUAAGAAACGACUUACGCUCUGUUGGCAGGAGCUGGACGCAAUGGCCAAGGAGGCCAAGGCGAUCAUUCAGCAGCAGAAGAAAAAGUUCUCCCUUGAUGAAAUGAUCCAUGAAGCCCAGAACUUUGUGGAAAAAAUCCGCUUUCUGGUGGAUGAGCCUCAGCACACCAUCCCCGAUGUCUUCAUCUGGAUGCUCAGUAACAACAAGAAAGUGGCUUACGCCCGCAUUGCUGCCAAAGACCUGCUCUACUCCCCUGUCAAGGGACAGAUGGGCAAACAUUGUGGGAAGAUCAAAACGCAUUUCCUCAAACUUCCUGGUAAACGAGCAGCUGGUUGGUCAGUGCAAGCAAAAGUUGACGUGUACCUGUGGCUGGGCUCCACCCGAUACUCCAGUGCCAUGUUGGACAACUUGCCUGCAGGUUAUGAAGCAGAACUGUCUUCCAAAGUGGCUGAUGCCAGCCAACCUCCAGCCACCCUGGUCUACCAAGACCGUCAUAUCUUUCAGCUGAGAGCUCACAUGUAUCAAGCCCGAGGCCUCAUAGCGGCUGACAGCAAUGGGCUUUCAGACCCCUUUGCCAAGGUCACGUUCUUUUCCCACUGCCAGACUACAAAGGUCAUUUACCAGACCCUCUCCCCAACCUGGAACCAGAUGCUGCUGUUCAAUGGCUUGGUGCUGCAUGGAGACCAGAAAGAGUUGGCAGAGUCCCCACCAUUAGUGGUGGUAGAGCUAUAUGACAGUGAUGCUGUGGGGAAGCCAGAGUAUUUGGGUUCUACAGUGGCUGCUCCUGUGGUGAAGCUAGUCGGCCAGGAUUAUGAACCACCCAGACUGAGUUAUCACCCCAUAUUUUGUGGGAACCUUUCCGGAGGGGACCUUCUCGCUGUAUUUGAACUGCUACAGGUCCCUUCAUCUGGACUGCAGGGGCUCCCUCCCCUUGACCCACCAGAUGUCACCCAGAUCUACCCAGUUCCUGCUAACAUUCGGCCGGUGUUGAGUAAUUACCGAGUGGAGGUUCUCUUCUGGGGAGUCCGGGAAAUGAAGAAGGUGCAGCUCCUCUCGGUGGAUCGUCCUCAGGUUCUCAUAGAGUGUGGUGGACGUGGAGUGAAGUCCACUGUGAUCCAGAGCUACAAGAACAACCCCAACUUCAAUGUCCAGGCUGAUGCUUUUGAAGUGGAGCUUCCUGAGAAUGAACUUUUGCACCCACCCUUGAGCAUCUGUGUGGUUGACUGGAGGGCCUUUGGAAGGAGCACGCUGGUGGGCACCUACACCAUCAACUGCUUGAAGCAAUUUCUGUGUAAAUCCAGAGAGACCCUUGCCACUACUUCACAGAUGGAUGGACUCCAAGCUGGCCAAGGUGUCUCAGCUUCACCAGCAGUCACUGAGUCCUUAGAAGCCCUCAGCCCCUCCCAAGAGCCCCCAUCUGAUCACAUCUAUGUGGAUGUUGAGCCUCCACCCACUGUGGUUUCUGACCCUGCCCAGGAUCAGCCAGCCAGCCGGGCAGACUCCUCUGACUCACCUGCUUUGCUGGAAUCUGAAUAUAAACCUGCAGCCCAGGAACCACCAAAAGAUGGGAAAGCUAAGGUUGCCAGGAAAUUAUCUCGGAGGUCUACCAAAAGAAGGAAGAGAACCAUAGCAGAUGAAUCUGCUGAAAACGUCAUUGACUGGUGGUCUAAAUAUUAUGCCUCCCUGAAGAAAGCACAGAAGGAAAAUGAAAGUGAUCCCAAGAAGAGAAAAGGCAAUGCAGAGACAAAACCAGAUGAGGUUGUGGUAAAUAUAGAAGAUAGUCCAAAGAAGAAGAAAAAUAAAAUGCUGAAGAAAAAACUCAAAGAAGAUGAAAUCCCCAACCUGGCUGUUUUGCAGAUAUAUGAUGGUGAUCUUGAGAGUGAAUUCAACAAUUUUGAAGACUGGGUGAAAACCUUUGAACUCUUUAGAGGAAAGUCUACAGAAGAUGACAAUGGCCUUGAUGGAGAUAGAGUCAUAGGAAAGUUUAAGGGCUCCUUCUGCAUCUAUAAAAGUCCUGAAGAUUCCAGCACUGAGGACAGUGGACAGCUGAGAAUUCAGCAAGGGAUUCCACCCAACCAUGCUGUCAAAGUCCUCAUCAGGGUAUACAUUGUUGCGGCGUUUAACCUUAGCCCAGCUGAUCCAGAUGGAAAAGCAGAUCCCUACAUUGUGCUCAGACUUGGCAAAACAGAAAUCAAAGACCGGGACAAGUACAUCCCCAAACAACUGAAUCCAGUGUUUGGAAGGUCCUUUGAAAUCCAGGCCACAUUCCCAAAGGAAUCCCUGCUCUCUGUCCUAAUCUAUGACCAUGACAUGAUUGGGACUGAUGACCUCAUUGGCGAGACCAGGAUUGACUUGGAGAACCGCUUCUACAGCAAGCACAGAGCUAUCUGUGGCUUGCAGAGUCAGUAUGAGAUAGAAGGAUACAAUGCCUGGAGGGACACGUCCAAACCCACUGAGAUCCUUACCAAACUCUGCAAAGAUCACAAGCUGAAUGGACCCUACUUUCAACCUGGGCAAAUACAGAUAGGAAGUCAGAUUUUUUCAGGGGAAACAGUCUUCACUGAAGAGGACACUGAUGAGACGGUGGAGUCAUACGAACACUUGGCCCUCAAGGUGUUACGAUCAUGGGAGGAUAUCACAGAGGUUGGAUGUAGGCUGGUUCCUGAGCACAUAGAAACUCGGCCACUCUACCUCAAAGAUAAACCAGGAAUGGAGCAGGGGCGCCUGCAGAUGUGGGUGGACAUGUUUCCCAAAGAUAUGCCUCAGCCUGGACCUCCUGUUGACAUUUCACCAAGGAAACCCAAAGGGUAUGAACUGAGAGUAACCAUCUGGAACACUGAAGAUGUAAUUUUAGAGGAUGAGAACAUCUUCACAGGACAGAAGUCAAGUGAUAUUUAUGUUAAAGGGUGGCUAAAGGGGUUGGAAGAUGACAAGCAGGAGACAGACGUACAUUACAACUCUCUGACUGGAGAGGGGAAUUUCAACUGGCGCUUCUUGUUUGCAUUUCAGUAUCUCCCAGCUGAGAAGCAAAUGGUCAUUACUAAGAGGGAGAACAUCUUUUCCUUAGAAAAAAUGGAGUGCAAAACUCCAGCUGUAUUAGUUCUCCAGGUCUGGGAUUUUGAAAGACUGUCUUCAGAUGACUUUCUGGGUUCCCUGGAAAUGAACCUUAAUAGUUUCCCGCGAGCAGCCAAAACUGCCAAGGCCUGUGAUCUCAACAAAUUUGAAAAUGCCAAUGAGGAAAACAAGAUCUCCAUAUUCCAGCAAAAGCGUGUGCGAGGCUGGUGGCCUUUUGCUAAAAGCAAAGAGCUCACAGGCAAGGUUGAAGCUGAAUUCCACCUUGUUACAGCAGAAGAAGCUGAGAAAAAUCCAGUUGGAAAAGCCCGGAAGGAGCCAGAGCCCCUGGCCAAGCCCAACCGCCCUGAUACCUCCUUCUCUUGGUUUGUGAGUCCCUUCAAGUGUCUGUAUCACCUCAUCUGGAAGAAUUACAAGAAGUACAUCAUCAUUGCUUUCAUUUUGCUCAUCCUCAUCAUCUUCCUGGUCCUAUUUAUCUAUACCUUGCCAGGAGCCAUCAGCAGAAGGAUUGUUGUAGGCUCUUAAAGUAUCACAGUAGGUGGGGGUAGAUAGCAUAAUGGUUAUGCAAAGUGACUCUCAUGCCCGAGGCUCUGAAGUCCCAGGUUCAAUCCCCCUGCACUACUAUAAAUGAGAGCUGAUCAGUGCUCUGGUAAAAACAAAACAAAAUAAAACAAAGUAAUAAAGA